GUUCGCCAGCACUUCCCACUUUUGGCCAUGUGACCAUGAAGGCCCAUGUGACCAGUGACGUCACACACCUUCUAACAACUCCAUUGAGGGCUCGGUAACGGGAGACGGCUUUAUAGCUUCCGGUUUGUGAAUUGUUUGCUCUGCCCCGAGAAGAAAAAUUCAGGAAUGUCAGUUAUCGGCACACGGAUAGAUUUACUAUAUGAGAAGAUCUUGUGAAGAGAAUACGCUAAUUGAAAUGAACCAGCUGAUACAUUGUAUUCACUAGACUCUCUCAUUAGUGUAUGGCAAAGUUCAUUAUGACUGCAACUGCUGCUGUGAGUCCUAGCGAGUACCUGCAACCAGCCGUAUCUACUUCCCAGGACACACAGCCCUCUCCUUUGGCUCUUCUGGCAGCUACAUGCAGUAAGAUUGGUCCUCCUGCAGUUGAAACAGCAGUGACUCCCCCUGUACCACAACGGCCGACUCGUAAAAGGCUGAUACCUAUAAAACCUGCUCCAUUACCACUGAGUCCAGGAAAAAGUGGUAUAGGACUGUUAUCUGCCAAAGGGAAUGUGAUUCAGAUCCCACAGUUGGGAGCAGGAAAUGGGCAGCUCUUCUUCACCAUACAGAACCCAGUUGGCAAGACUGGACACUAUCAAUCUUUACAAACCUCCCCUCAGGCAGUUCCACAGACACUGGGGACUCAGUUUCAGAUUGUUAAUUCCACUGAUUGUGGAACAACCCUUCAGAUUGCCCCAGCCUCCAGUUCUACAAAACAUGUGCCCAUAAAGCCUGCCCCUCCACAAAAUAACAGCAAUGUCAUGAAGUUCACUGGAACUACUGGUAACAACCUCACAUUGUCACUUCCUCUCAGUAAUCUGGCAGACCCCUCCACUGAAACUAGCAGUCAACUUUCUUUUAGCAAACAGAGCAAAAAGCCUCGUAAGAAGCCCCUUACACCAGGGCCAGCACCUGGCUCUCCUACCCAGGAGCAAGUAGAGACUGUAUUAAUCGAAACAACUGCAGACAAUAUCCUUCAAGCCGGAAACAACCUGCUGAUUGUCCAGAGUCCCAGUGCAGGUCAGCAUGCAGUUCUUCAGCUUGUCCAGCCCAAGGCUGAAACACAGCUGGUGCAGAUACCACAACAGGCUCUGAGAGUGGUACAAGCAGCCUCAGCCACACUGCCAACAGUGCCACAAAAACCAGUACAAAGUGUCCACAGCACAGAACCAAUUCCCACUCAGCUCUACUUACGCACAUCAGCAGGAGAUCUACAAGCUCUGAUGGUGCAAGAAUCUACUCCUCAGCCAUGCUCCACGGGAGGCACAGGGUCCCUGCCAACACAAUCUGCUACUCCUACUAAGAAAAAUGUCACGCGGAAAGAGCGAUCCUUCGCCAAAAUUGCUCCAGCAGGGAGUGUCAUUAACCUGAACACAGCACAGCUCUCGGCCGCUGCUCAGGGCUUACAGACUAUCAGUAUCAAUGGUGUCCCAGUGCAGGGAGUACCUGUUACCAUCACCAAUGCUGCAGGGCAACAGCAAAUCAGUGUGCAGAACGUGGCCAGUAAUAACGUUGCCAUCAGUGGCCUCAGCCCUUCCCAGAUACAACUACAGAUGGAACAGGCCUUGUCUGGCGAGCUACAGCCAGGAGAGAAGAGGAGGAGGGUGGCCUGUACAUGUCCAAACUGCAAGGACGGGGAGAAGGGCAGGUGGGGUCCCCCUGGCAGGAAGAGGCACGUGUGUCACAUCCCUGAAUGCGGGAGAACGUUUCGCAAGACUUCACUCUUGAGAGCCCAUGUUCGUCUGCACACCGGGGAGAGGCCAUUCGUGUGCAACUGGGGAUUCUGCACUAAGAGGUUCACCCGCAGUGACGAGCUGCAAAGGCACGCACGCACGCACACAGGUGACAAGCGCUUUGAAUGCCCUCACUGUCAGAAGAGGUUCACACGCAGCGACCAUGUCAGCAAGCACUUCAAGACACACCUCGCACCAAAGAAGCUGUAAUGCAAGUGAAAACCAUCCUAACUGUAGGAUCCCAAAAAUGAUGAUGACAUUGCGUUCCAAGCUGGAACUCUUCCAGAUAUCUUUGGGCUACCUGGAAGUAACAUUGACCUGUGUAUGGGACUGCACGCCCAAUCAUACCAGUAGUAAAUAUCGCCGCUCCCUAGAAGCUGUCACACUACUGGUAUGUCCCCAGCAGGCAUACGGUGGCGUUUUCAAGGUGACCAUGAGUUUUGUGCAGAGAACUGGUUGUCUACAGUACGAAAACUACAGAUCCGCUCUGUAUAUCGGCGUCAUCGAGAGUAGAGGACUUUUCGGCAUAGUAUUUGCUAUUGCUGUGAAACAUGAAGGAUUUAAAUGGGGGGGGGACAGAGUACAUACAUUACCUGAUACAAACUCGUUGGCUGGUCCGUAACAUUCCCAUGUUUACACUGCUCCCCCCGUUCAAGGAAGGUGCCUUAAUAUCUCCCCUCUUCCAAUACACGAGUGUAAGUGUUCAAUUAUCCUUGUGCUAAUCUUGCAUUCAUACCCGCUCCGCCAGUUGCCGUUGCAGGCAUUUCAGCAGCUCCCCAUAACGUACUUUCAGAAGAUCAUUGCUCCGCUCUAUUCAGUGUGUACAACAUGUUGUAUUUGCAUUCUUAGCGAUCACCAAGCUUUCCAUUUAAAUAAAAGAGGGGAUUUAACUUAAUACAUUGUAUAACAGACGCGCAAACUCCGAGAUCGCUGGUUUUUUGCAUCUAGUCACAAGAAGAUGAUAUAACUCACUGACACGUGAAUGUUCCCUCCUAACGGAAAUGUGCAGUUUUACUCAAUAGUAAUUGCUGAGUUCUUUGUCGUUUGUUAAAGCGAACCUACCAUUGAGUUUAUUUUUAGCUAAUUAUUAUAUAACUAUUUUUCUAAGGCUUUAAAUCUGUUUCCCUGCUAUAGAAUUCUGAUUUCACGGCUCCUCCUUCCCAGCCGCAGGGCCACCGUAAGGGGAUUCAGCUCUAAGGCCGGAUUCCGAUGGCCAUUCCGAUUUCCAUCUGUAAAGCCAUAUGGUGCCUGGGUGCGUUGUUUUUUUUUCCCCCCCCCAAACCCAUUCAUUUGAAGGAAUGAGUUUUGGAUGGAAAAUGAACAAGAAUGGUGCAUGCGGCGAGUCUCUCCGGUUCUCACACUGGCACGCUGCAAGUUUAUCGCAUUGAACUCGCUUGUGUGUAUCUGGCCUAAGGCUGCUAUGACACGUGUGUUAGUCGGUCCUACACAUGCAAUACGGUUCUGGGUUGCACCUGAACUUGCUGCCAUUUUUUCAAGUUGCAGGUCUAGGUGCAGCCAGGCAAUUGGCAUGAGCAUUACCUGCGGCCACUAGCACAAGUGUAAUAGCACCCUUAGCAGAAUAUGAGAAAGUACACAGCACAAAUUAAAGACUUGUCUAGGCGAAAUCAAUAAAAUAAGUAUGCUUUAAAUGCAA